AGACAGACAACCUGACAUCUGACAUCCGAAGCCAGCACCCUUCAAAUUACCCAUUCAGAUUCUCUGAAAUACCCUUAUCAUAAUCUCGACGCAUUUUGCGCACCGCUCAUAGCGAAUAGGGCUCAGCGCAAAUCGGACUACAUUAUUGGUCAGGGUCUCGAUAUUCGCGAAGCGGGGUGAAGAGCAUCAGUCCGAGUGCCUUCAGCAGCCAUGGAGGAAGACAGAGCACAGACAGAUCUUGGGAUUGCAGCCGACAUAGAAGAGGCGCAAACACCCCCGUCACCGCCACUCUAUAAACAGCCCAAAAAAAGGUUUGUAGGGCGAAGAGCAGCCAAGGCGGCGAGAGAUGGUGCGGGUGGUCCGUCGGUCGAGGAUAGCGGGGCGAUUCAAGUCGCACAGCCACGGAGAGCACCCCGGCUCCUGAACUCAGUACCGCCUGAGAUCUUGGAGGACCCAAGUCUCAAAGAGGCCAUGACGCUGCUGCCGGCCAACUACUCGUUUGAAAUUCCCAAGACCAUACAUCGCAUCCGGUCGGCAGGCGCGAAGAAGGUUGCUCUGCAGAUGCCAGAGGGCCUACUCAUGUUUGCAACGACCGUUUCAGACAUUCUCACGCAGUUUUGUCCCGGCAUCGAGACGCUCAUCAUGGGAGAUGUCACCUAUGGUGCUUGCUGCAUCGACGACUACACGGCGAGGGCACUGGGCUGCGAUAUCCUGAUCCAUUAUGCUCACAGCUGCCUGAUACCAGUCGACGUGACCAAGAUCAAGACGCUGUAUGUCUUCGUAGACAUCAGCAUAGACUCGUCGCAUCUGUUGGCGACGCUGGAGCGCAACUUUGCGCCUCCCAAAACUAUCGCCAUGGUCGGGACGAUCCAGUUCAAUGCGACCAUCCACGGAGUAAAGUCGACUCUAGAGAGGGCUGGCUUCAAAGUACUCGUCCCGCAGAUUUCACCUCUGUCCAAGGGUGAGAUUCUCGGAUGCACGUCACCGCGCCUUCUCGACUCGGAAAAUGUCGAUCUGAUCCUGUAUCUUGGUGAUGGCCGUUUCCACCUCGAAAGUAUCAUGAUACACAACCCUUCGAUACCGGCGUAUCGCUAUGAUCCCUACUCACGGAAGCUGACAAAAGAGACUUAUGGACAUGAGGAGAUGCAGUCUUUACGACGAGACGCCAUCAGCACGGCGAAGGGUGCCAAGAAAUGGGGCCUCAUCUUGGGGUCGCUUGGGCGGCAGGGGAACCCCCACACGAUGAGCUUGAUAGAAAGCAAGUUGGAGAAAAUGGGCAUUCCUUGGGUUAACCUCCUAUUAAGCGAGAUAUUCCCGGGGAAGCUAGCUCUGAUGGAUGAUGUUGAAUGUUGGGUACAGGUGGCCUGCCCGCGGCUGAGCAUUGAUUGGGGUUACGCGUUUCCGAGGCCGCUCUUGACUCCGUAUGAGGCGCUCGUGGCUCUUGAAGAGCGUGAGGACUGGGGCAAGGGGCCAUAUCCUAUGGAUUACUAUGCGAGGGAAGGUUUGGGGAGAACGAAGGUUAUUCCCGUUGGUAGUUGAAUACACAUUUGAGUCGGCACAACCAGACCUGUCAUACACAAUUUCAUUCAUUCAUGGAUGCUUAUUUUCGAAUAUGAG